UAUAUAUACUUCACCUCAGCUCCUUGAAAGACGCAAAUCCUUAUUGUCUUAUGAGUUAUGAGGACGAGAAUGAAAGACCUUGAAUACGAAGACAAUCUUCCAGGAGAUCUGAUUAGAGAAAUUUUGCUGAGGCUUCCAGUGAGGCUUCUCCUGCAACUGAGGAUUAGGAUUGUAUGCCGUUCAUGGAACUCCCUAAUCUCCAGCCCUGAAUUCGCCAUGCACCACCUUCAACGCUCAACCCUAACUCAUCCGCCGCCAUUGCUAUGUUGGAAGGAAGCGGCACAGAGGGGCGACAUCAUGCAUUGCUCUUCACAAUCUCUUAUUCUUGAUCAGUCACCUACAUUCGAGUCACAUCCGGCUGACGAAUUAUUCAUCGACGGAUCUUGCAACGGAUUGCUGUGCUUGUCUCAAGGCUUUCCCUUUGAAACUCUUACUCUUUUCAAUCCCAGUACCCGUUCGGUAUCCCCAUCGGUUCCGUUCGAGUGCUCCCACGAGUGUGGAGACGAUGUUUUCUGUGGCUUUGGCUAUGAUAAUCUACAUGACCAGUACAAGUUUGUUAUGGGUUGUACUACCUCGUCUCUUAUCACUGAUUCCAAGGUGAGAUCUGGGGCUAUAGUUUUCACUUUUGGUGCAAAUCCUUUUUGGAAAACUGUUGCUCAUCCGGUGUUUCCGUAUGAUUUUCUUUGCACAAUAAACGGAAUAUUUGUGAGCGGCACUCUGAAUUGGAUUGUGUAUGAUCCUACUAUAGAUUAUGAUGAAUUGGAGUGGUUCGUUCUUACCUUCGACUUGGAAACGGAGUUGUUUGGUCGGUUGUGUCUGCCUUUUUCUAGAACGCGCUCUGACGUCAUCCACAUGCCUCGCUUGCAACUCCACAAUAACUGUCUUUCUGUUUGUUACAGCACUCCGGAUAUGCAAAUUAUUUGCACUCUUUGGAUAAUGAAAGAGUACGGAGUUGAAGAGUCUUGGAUUAAAUUGAUCGAAAUCCCAUUCCGUGUUGGAAUGAACGCGCCAUGUGAUUGGGUAGCACCCCUGUUGUAUAUCUCACAAGAUCAUAAUCUUUUUGCAAUAGAUGAAUCUGAUCGCAAAUUUCUUGUAUAUAAUUUAAGUAAAAACCAACUAGUUUCUCAGGUGGCUAACGGGAAUAAUUGUAUGAUUAUAUUCUUUUGCCAUGAGAGCUUGGUCUCACCGUCACAUUAUUCAUCUCCACUCACCUUCAACUCAUGCAUUGCUUGGGAACUGGACACAACUCAACAUUCGACAUAAGUUACGUUGCAUUUGAUUUCACGAGAUACUUGAAUAUAACAAAAAAUUGAAUUAGAAAUUAGUAUUUUGUA